AUGUGCGUUAACUACCUUGUUUUUGUUGGUCAGCAACGUGGCUUGCCAUCCACUGAGAUUGUUUCUCCAGUUGCAAUCGAUUGCCAAUGUGGUAGUAAAAAAGUACUUCUGACAAAGACCGUCAGAAUAAGCAUUAAUUUUGAUGGGUAUGUUUCCUGCUUCGCCCACAGACCACAAAAUGCCAUUCAUUUGGGUUUGUUGGGCUAUUUUAAUGAAGUUCGAAACACCUUGAAGUCUUCUUCUGAGGGUAUUACAAAGUUGUAUAACAACUUGCAAGGAAAUCCACUGACAUCCUUGUCAGUGAACAACUUCCGGACCGUAUUCAACUUGUACAACAAGGUCAUUUUGUUGACAGAAGAAAUGGUGAACGAUCGAUCUUUGUUGAAAGAUCAGGCGAUGUGCUGUCCUGCUUGUCCUAGUAGGGACUCCAUCCACCCAAUGGAUCGCAUUUUCAUUACUAUGGAUGGGUGCUUUAGUAUGAAAUGUAAGUCGAAAGCAAGUCCUCUUGAUCAACUUAAUUUGGUCAACACCGUGGAGAACGCAUGGUUGAAGCCUGAAUGUGUUGAGCUUUAUAAGAAGGAAAAAGCUCCUAAAGACGCUCUCAUGAAUGAGAACACAUUCAGAGCUGCAGGUAAUGGCGCCUCAUACAAGUCAAAGCUGUAUCCCGUAAAAGGAAUUUUUACGGUUUCAUGCGCGCGCCAUGACCUCACCCUAAAGAUGGUGGAUAUGGAUAGUGGUGAAGGAUUCAAAUAUCCACUAUCUGACAAGGACAGCAUUGUUACGCCCGUUAAUUUGAUGUACGACAUCAUUUGUGUCUUGGAGAAGUCGUUGACCACUCACUUCCCGUACUUGACUGCUAACGGCACUCUUGCACUCCCCGUUUUUCAUGCUUAUGCGCAUGUUAUUAGCUGUCAGUCCAGCUUUAAUUCUAAAAACAUUGAAUCGUACGGCAGGGCUGACGGCGAGGCAUCGGAACGUUUAUGGUCUUCACUCAGACCAUUCGUCACCAUUACACGUCCGAUGUCUCAGGCCAACAGAAGGCUGACUCUUACGUUGGCCAUCCGCCAUCGUAACAUGGAAAAAAAAUUGGGGAAUGGUGUCUUGUACGGGAAGUACAAAAAUACCAAGAAGAUCCUGGCGGCAGGAUUAAUCAAGUUGAAGGAUGUCAAUCAGGAGGAGAUUUCGUUGGCUUGGGAGAGGCAUCUGGCGUUGACUCGAAGCGGCAAGUCGUGCAGCAAAAUCUGGAGUGAUUGGCCACCAUCACUGGGAUCUGUAACAAGAUUUUAUCUUUUGGAGUCGAUCUUGUUCAGAUUUAGAGUUAAAAUGUAUGAAAACUCUACCGGUACCAGCAAUGCGGCCAUUGACAGAUUAGAUGGUGUAUUAACGGUAUCGGCCAGUGAUGGUAGUAUCAAGGUAGCUGGGGAGACCUUCUUCAUGCAACAAAUCAAAGACAUCGAGAAGAAGCAGGAGAAGGUCCUUGAUGAAAUUAGGCAAACAAUACCUAAUUUCGUACCCCACGCCUAUGCCGACUUGUCCGCUGAAACAGCCCAGCUCUCCCUUGGAUCUUGGGAAGAUUUCGUCCAACGAAAAAAGUUGCUUUUCAAGGAUGCUAUGCGCGCCAACCUGCAAGCUUACAAGUUUACCACCAGCUUGAUGUUCAAAUCUGGACAUAUUGGUAAGUCCUAAUUUUUUGUUUGUUGUUAUACUUAAAUUCUAAAUAUUGUAAUACGUUAUAAGGUACAAAGCUUGCAGAUCAACAUGGCAAGGCCCUUGGAAAGCAACGAAAACUCCUGGA